AUGUUAUUGGUCGCGGUCCAGCCAUCCUCAUUUGUAACCAUGUGGCGACGUGUACUCGGCGACCAAGGUAUUGGGACGACGUCACGAAGUCAUGGAAAUAAGAAUGUUAUGAUGGCGAUUGGUGCCUAUGGGCUUGACCACAUCGGGUACAAAGAUAUCCGGCAAGGGACUAGUCUCCCACAACUGAUAAGGUGCGUGAAAUCCACCUCUGAUGAUGCGGACACUUUCUACAAGACACUACAAGUCAAGGCUGAGGCUACAAAGGCCGAAGUCCUGACAGCUGAGCUUGUAUUGAGCUCAGGUCUUGAGUUGUACCGAGGUAGCGCCAUACCUACGAUAAUCGGAGCUGGUGCUUUGACCCCAUUCACUUUUGGAAAGUUUUAUGGACUAAGCAAUCCUGCUUUUACCUGUGCCACAAUCACCGCACCACUACGACUAUCGACAAACCAAUCAAAACAAUUGCCGAUAGGAGGUCUGGUUCAAAGAGUGAUGGAGGACAGAAUCUCUGUGGUCGCACGAAUAAGACCCGGUUUCGGUGAUGGCCAAGUCGAGUGGGUAAAAAAUGGAGAACGAAAUGUUAUGAGAAGGGAUGGUUCGGAGACUUACACCUUUGAUGAUGUAUUCGACCAGCUGUGCACUAAUGAAGAACUCUACGGAAGUGUUAUGUCUGGUAUUGUGGAUUCCGCACUAGCUGGAUUCAACACCACCGUUUGUGCAUACGGACAAUCAGGCGCAGGUAAAACACACACCUUAACCGGCUCAGAAUGCGAGGACGGAAUCGUGCAGAACACCUUCUGUGCUCUCCUGGAGACCAUUUCUAAGUCGAGCGAUCGCAAAUAUAUGUUACGGAUAUCGUACCUUGAGAUUUACAAUGAACGUAUACGAGAUCUCCUGAGCGACAAUGCUAACGACUUACCUAUCUACGAGAAUAAGUAUGGAGUGGCCCAAAUUGAGGGGCUAAAGGAAGUUGUGGUCACGGGAGAGGCGGAAGUAGAACGGCUGCUUGAAGAAGCUCAAGAACGCCGUCAGUUUGGUGAAACACGGCUGAACGAGAGAAGUUCCAGAUCGCACACAAUUAUUAGGCUGACCAUUGAGUCCCAUGACGUAAACUAUGGUGGAAACGGGACGAGGUGCUCUAUCAUGAAUCUAGUAGAUCUAGCGGGGAGCGAAAAUGCUGCCUCAGCUGGCACCCAAGGAAUAAGGCAGAAAGAAGGCGCUAACAUCAAUCGAUCUUUGCUGGCGCUUUCAAAAGUAGUAUCUAGUUUGGCGGAUAACCAGAAGUUCAUCCCAUUUCGUGACUCCAAAUUGACCCGCAUCCUAAAACCGUCGCUUGCUGGCAACUCAAAAACUGCUAUUAUUUGUUGCAUUGCUCCUUUUUCCAUCGCCGAAACCAGCUCCACAUUGAAGUUUGCAAGGCAAGCUAAAAAGAUUGUUACAAGGCCAGUUGUCAAUGAAGUUACCGAUGAUGGAGUGCUCGCGAAGUGCUUAAAGGAGAUAGAGUUCCUCAAGCAGGAGCUUGAGAAGACCAAGAAAGAAAAUAACCAAGAAGAAAGAAGUGGAGAGCAAAGAACGAAGUUAGCCGAGCUAAUGAAGGGUAUUCUGAACGGACGAAGUAGUACGGAAGCACCACCUGUUCAUUGCAGAAAAGCCAGACGACAAACAUGGGCACCCGGCAAUGGUUUGCUAGGGUUGAGUGCACGGAGAUCUUUCUCGCCUCCUUGUAAGAAAGCAUGGGGCUUGGGUUCAGUCGAAGAAAAUGAGGGACAGUCGAAUGAAAAGCUCGAUGAAGUUGAAUCUGCUGUCAUGGACACGACUGAAGUGGGAACGUCAGUCGCCAUCCAACCACCUACUUCCCGCAGAGAACGUUACGUUAAUCGCAAUGACAACGAAACCCAGACCUCAGAAUCGUGCCUUUUGGAUAGAAAUGAUGAGAUACUUACACUCAAGAAGGGGAACGCAACGCUGCUUCAACAAUUAGCUGCAAAAAAUAAGCGUUGUAACGAACUAGAAACACAAUUGGGGGAAUUCGCAGCUACCCUAGAAUCGAUGAAAUUUAUAAUGGUCAACCAGCUACAAGAAGUUCCAAGCAGAACGCAGAUUUUAGAGGAGAAAUUAGUUACUGCGAAGCAGAGAUGUGAGCAGUUUGCAAGUGAAAACCUCAAACUGAAGAUCGAAAUUGACGCAUUGAAGGUUCAUACCGCUAUGGAACUCGACUCCUCGGCUGGAGCUGGAAUCCUGAAAAUUGGCGAACCAAGAUCUACACAUAUGAAUGUAGGAGAACGUUCGAAAGAGGAUGAAAAGGAGCCUAGAAGUGCGGUUCUGAAGGACUUUCAACAACAGUAUUCUGUGGUGAUGAAGGAAAACGGAGACGAGAUGCAGCAACUGAGAAAGAACAAUGAAGAUCUACUGACAAGGAUUGAGAUUUUAGUGAACGAGCGCAACUCCUCGGCAUUUGAAAGCGAAGAACAGGUGCGGUUAUUGAAAGAGAAGAUAACAGAACUCAAAACGGCCAUUGAUAGAAAAUCGAAAAGGCUAGAGGUAGCUGAGAAACACAAAGAAGAGGUCGACUUCUUAAACAAGAGAAUGGAACGUUUGAUAUCUGAGAACAAAGAUCUCACAGCGCGACUGAAGGUAAAGAUGGACAGUACAGAAGUCCUAUCGUCGCGAAUAAACUCCUUGAGAGACGAAAUGAAUGAGAAACAAGGACAGAUUACUCAGCUGCAACAUGCAAAAAAAUCUCUUGAGGUAGUCAGGGAGAAACUCAAAGAAGAAAAUGAAACAUUGUUGACCAGCGUAAAAAGCAUAAGAAGCGAGUUCUCCGCAUUUAGAGCGGAUGUGGAUUCGAAAAUGUAUGAAAAAGAUACAAGAAUAACACAUUUACUUGAACAAGCGAACACUAAUCAACAUAGGAUUCUAGUGCUUGACACUGAUCUCACAAUUGCUCGCAAGGACCUAGAGCUGUAUAAAAACACAGUUGCUAAUAUGGUGAAAACUCAAGAUGAUGCCCAAAAGUUCUCAAGUCAGCAAAGUGAUCUGAAAGAACAACUGGAAGUGCUACUGGAAAAGCUGUCAGUGUUGAAGAAAGCUAAGGAAAAGGCUGAGGAAGACGUGAUCGCUAAAGACAAAAUGCUCAAGAAAGCUAUGGACGCUGUGACGAUGCUUGAAACGACUUCUCACUCAUCACAAUGGAUAAAAGAAAAAGUAAAGUUGGGUCAACAAAUUGAGGAUCUGCAACGACAGGUAAAAGAUGCGACCGAAGCUUUGGAAAUUCGGCAGGCCAUACCGAGUUACAAAUGUUGUGAAGAGCAUAAAAGACUAUCAGAGGAAAAUGUUUCAUUGCGGCAGCAACUUGAACAAGUCAUAUGUGAUACAAAGGGGAAAGUUGCUGAGGUUGAGAACCUACGGCAUUGUCUUCAAGAAAGCCAAAAAGAAAUGGACGUCCUAAAGGAGAAGGUCAGACGCUACCGCAUGCAAAAGGUGAACGGCAUCCAAUACGUGGACGAGUUGAAGGAGACGAUUGCCAAGAACGAAGGAGAGCUAAAAGUUGCAAGGAAAAGAGAGGCGUCGCUCAUUGAGGAAUUAAGACAAGCAAAAAAAGCGAGAGCCGAGUUGGAAAUGUUCUGUGGAGAAAAUCAAAUGUUUAGAGCGUGCUCAAAUGGUCUUGCGACAAAGAAGAAGUCAGAAGAAAAGACACCACUGUAUGAAGAACCAGCGUGUAAGCAACAGGCCUUAUUUCAAAUGAUCUCUUCAUGUUUUGACACAACUGUGGAUUUUAUAUUUGAUAUAUUGUAA